AUGAUUAUGUCUCUGCUGCCACGUUCAAUUAUUCCUCUCUUUUUGGGUCUUUCACUUUUGGUGUCGCUGCCUUCUCCGGCGACUUCACUCACAUGCACUUCCCAGAAGUUCACCGAUAAUAAAGUUUAUUCCAAUUGCGCUGACCUUCCUGUGUUAAACUCCUUUCUCCAUUGGACCCAUGAUUCCUCCAACUUUUCUCUUUCCGUCGCCUUUGUCGCAGCUCCGGCGAAACCCGGUGGGUGGGUGUCCUGGGCGAUAAACCCGACGGGGACUGGCAUGGCCGGAGCGCAAGCUCUGGUGGCGUUUAAACACAAGGAGGGCGUAGUGACGGUGAAGACGUAUAACAUUAGCUCUUACAGUUCAGUGGUUCCUAGGAAGCUUUCAUUUGACGUGUGGGACUUGAAGGCGGAGGAGUCAUCCGGUGGCGCGGUGAGCAUUUUUGCCACGGUGAAGCUGCCGGAAAAUGCAGAAAAAGUGAACCAGGUGUGGCAAGUGGGACCUUCGGUCACUGACGGAGAACCGGACGCUCAUAACUUUGCUCCGGCGAAUUUGGAAUCCAAGGGCGUAUUGAACUUGAAGUCUGGGCAGGGUUUUAGCAGUGGUGGGGAUGAUUCAAGAACAAAGCAAAAGAAUAUUCAUGGAGUGCUGAAUGCAGUGAGCUGGGGGAUUCUGUUCCCAGUGGGGGUGAUAAUAGCGAGAUACAUAAGGGCAUUUUCGUCAUUAGACCCAGCAUGGUUCUACCUUCAUGUGUUUUGUCAAUUUUCAGGAUACGCCAUUGGAGUUUCAGGAUGGGCCAUUGGUCUUAAGCUUGGAAGUGAAUCUGAGGGCAUUCAGUAUUCUGGCCAUCGCAACAUUGGAAUUACCCUUUUCUGCCUCGCCACAUUACAGGUAUUUGCAUUGUUGUUGAGACCAAACAAGGAUCACAAGUACAGAUUUUGGUGGAAUAUGUAUCAUCACAGUGUUGGAUAUAUCACCAUCAUCCUUGGGAUCAUUAACAUAUUUGGAGGAUUCAACAUCUUGAGCCCUAACAAGAGAUGGAAGCUUGCUUAUGUGGCAGCCAUUACAGCUUUGGCUGUUAUUGCCUUGUUGCUGGAAGUCAUCACUUGGAUCCUGAUGCUGAGCAAAAGCAGCAAACCGAGCGAAGCAUUCAGCGCUGGAUAACCAAACUCAAACAAGUGCUUUACGAAGCAGAUGACUUGCUUGAUGAGAUCCACACUCAACAUUUGUUGCGCCAGAGG